AUGAGCUCAAAUGAAGAGGUCUUUAGUCAGAUAAACGCAACUGCGAAUGUGGUCGAUAAUAAGAAGCGUUUGUUGUUCGUGCAAGAUAGUUCUGCACUAGUUCUAGGGCUUGUUGCAGGAUUUUUGCAGAUCGAAUCAGUCAAUGGGUUCAUUUGGUUCCUAGUUCUGUACAACUUGAUUAAUGUCAUUUACAUUGUUUGGAUCUGUCAAUUGCAACCAGGAAAGUUCUACCAAAGCCCGAUUCAAGACAUUUUCUUCGAAUCAUUUUUUAGAGAGAUAACUGGUUUUGUCAUGGCGUGGACAUUUGGAUACGCCCUAAUUGGAUGA